AUGAAUCGCAAUUUCUGGAAGUUGCCGCAGGAACUCAAGGACAUAAUAUUCGAAUCGAUGUUCGAGCACCCGGACGACUGCUGGCCCAAGGAUAUCAUGACGUUCCCAUGGAAAGAUGUGAACGUAGAAUUCACGCGCUGGCGGCUCCCCCAGAGCCUUCUACCGGUCAGAAGGCCGCACGUGAAAGUCUACGACGACUACAUCAAGAUCACUGGAGUGUCGUACUGCCAAAGCGCGAUAUGGGACCAGAGGGUUCUCGAAGAAUUGAUGGCACAGCCAGAGAUUACCAUCGAGAUCGAGACCAAGGUUAACUACCUCCAGCAAGUUCAACAGCCUCUUCAUGAGCUGCACACGGUCCCGCCUUGUCUGCCGGCUCAGGUACUGUCACUCGUCGACAUAUUAAGGAAGUACGAUCAGUCAAAGAGACAGAUCGUGGUCUGGCUUGAAAUCACGAUGUACUCCCCGCCCUGGUAUCCUCCCAAUGUCUCGAAGCCGCUCCAGAUCGCACUCGACGGGAGAGGCAACCAGGUCAGUCCAGCCUGGGAGAACUUCUCGAUAUCAGACACGGAAAAGCUGGCACGUUGCCUCAUGAGACCAUUCAUGAUCUUGGAGAAUGUGGAAGGAAUCUUCCGGAUGGACGUGAAGACGCGGAGCGGAACCAUCAAGUUCAAUGGAAGCGCCGUAUGGGUGCUAUGGAAGCAAAACUGGGGCAAAUUCCUGCGCACGUAUUGGCAGCAGAUGCUGCUUCUCCUUGUCUUUUACAAGACCUUCUUAGGCAUUCAUGCGGCAGCUAUUAGAAGUAUGGAGUAUGCAGACAAAUCCACGGAAACCAGUAAUUUGAAGGAGAGGAGGAGUAAAGUUACUUUUUCCUUUUCUUUUACACCCAAAGGCGUCUAUGCGGAUAUGACAUUUCUUUUCUCAUGA